AUGGCUUCUGCCCUUGACCUUUCCAACUGGAUGAAGUACCUGGAACCCAGUGAAUAUGUGAUCGAUUCAUACAUACCCUGCAGUCAUGAUGCCUCUGCAUAUCCAUAUGCAUCAGCUCUAGAUCCGAUACAUGACGCCGCUGGCAGCAUCUGCCAAAGUGGGAAUUACACCGACCAGCUCCUGGCAGGGUCUCGGUAUUUCGAUAUGAGGAUCACUCGUUCCGCGAAUCUAUUGGUCAUGAAGCAUAAUAUCAUUACAUUCCAGACAUUCGAGACUGUUCUAAAUCAGAUCAAGGGAUUUGCCAACGCUCACAAAUCCGAAUUCAUCUUCCUCGACCUCGACUUCAAUCACUCAGAUGACAUUGCUAGUGACGUUUUGGACACGUUGAUUAAAAUCCUAGGAGACGGAAAAGAAGAUGCAUUUGCAACCGCACACGUGGCCGCCGAUGGCAAAUCUUACAACAAGGCGCUCACAUGGGCUAAGCUGAAGGAAGACGGGAAGCAGUUCAUUAUAAUAUGGGGCGAGGAUGAGACGGUCAAUGGCGACACGACGCAUUACUACUGCGACAAGCUCUGGGCCCCGCAAGCGGCAGACAUUCGAGAUAACUGGUCUGCUGACUAUGAGGACAAAUCGCCACAGGAGAUUGUAGACUGGCUGGAUCAAGCUCUCAAAAUACGGAAGAAGGAGAAGCUUUGGAUAACCCAGCUCAUAGACACUCCAAAGCGAUCUUACCUUCCUGGACAUCAUCCUCGCGACUGCGACAGCAGAGCAGCACCAAUCUUCAAUGAAUGGGUCACGCACAGAUCUACCGGUUUGGGUAUUGUCAAACGUGACUUUGUCAAUGAAGGAUGGAACCAAGCCGGCAUUCACUAUGUCAUUCGGCUGAAUAAAUUUGCGCAAAGCCCUGACAUCCCUCUUGGUGCAGAAAUCGAUUAUCUGAACUCUAUUAGACUCAAGACACUGGAUGGGCGUUACCUCGCCGUGGAUAUCCAGCCUCCUGGUAACGGAAAGCUGAGUCUCCUGACCGUCGUUGACGAGCCUUCAGACAACACUCGUUUCCUGAUACGGGAGCGUCGGAAGAAUUCAGCGUGGACGUGGCCAUUCAGUGGAAACCUGGACGCUGACUCCUGUGGCGCCAACGGAAAUAUCCGACUCGCGCAUGUUGAUAGCAGCAUUGGUAACGACACUGUAUUAUCCUGUGUAAAAGAUUCUGGCGGGUUCCUGUAUUGGGGUGUCAGCUGGGACCAAGCAGACGAACGCGAGACUUUUCUCCCGUAUAAUCCUGCCGAUACUGGGAGCAAGGAUGUGAUUCGUCACGGCAAUAUUAUUGUCAUCCGAACACUAUGGCACAUGUACUGGAAGGUGGACUUUGAUGAGAGCUAUCACACUAGGGUGUAUGCAAGCGCUGGGCCCAUCGCUGAUGCCACCCAAUUUGUGGUAGAGAAGGCGUGA